AUUGCUCGGUCUCUAUUCUGAUGUCUUGAGUUGGAUGCAUGAGUUGACUGUUUUGAGUAAGUGGUUGAGUCAAGUCUAGGUUGGUUGGUGAACAGAAGAAGACUCUUCCUUUACUCGAUUUUGCUGCACUCGAAUGUCCUUCGUGGUGGUUGUCCAGGUUGCUGUUGAAGUUGGUCAUGUAUUGAUGUUUGAAAACCAGUACGAUUCACGUGUUCUGUGCCUUUAUGACUUGUCCCCAAUGUUGAUUGAUUGAAAUAUGUGAGCUUACCUUGUGUCUGACUUGGUUUGCUUGGGGACAAGCAAACGGUUAAGUGUGGGGGAGUUUGAUAGACCGUUAAUUACACAUGUUUUCACCCCUGUUCUUACACCGUUUGAGAUGUGAUUUCUCGUGUUUUAGGCCGAUUUCACGCUAGGUUGUGCUUGUUUGUGAUAUUUCAGGUCCUAGUACGUGAAUGGAGGCUUGGGAGCGAGUUUGGGGUCGAUUGGACGAAGAUCGGGCGCGAGGCAAGUCACAAAGGAGGCCACACGGGCACACCUACAACUCACACGGCCGUGCAAGUGACCACUUUGGCCAUGUGAGAUUGUGCGAGAGCAAACACGGCUUGCCCUGAUGUUCACACGGCCGUGUGAAGGAGUGGUUUGGCCGUGCGAGUUUCGCCGAGAGCAAACACAGGCAGAUGGAAAUCUCACACGGCCGUGUGACCCUGGCCGUGUGAGAAGCCUGAAGAUCGAACUAAUUGGAACGUAGCGUUUUGACUCACACGGGCAACUGGGUAUGCCACACGGCCGUGUGGCCCUGCCCGUGUGAGUCCGGAAUUCCUGGUUUUAACCCAAUUCCGGGCUGCAAGAGAGGGAAUCAGACUUUUUGAGCAAAAACAGAGCCCUAGAGAGAGAAAGGACGAAGAACACAUCCUAGAAGCCAUCUUGGAGCUGGGUUUCAUCAAAUCAAGCUUGGAGAUCGUCAUAGGAGUGGAAAUCAUCAUCCCAGAGUAGAUUCUUCCCAUAAUUAUGAGUAUGAUUGCUUUGUAUAUUGUUUUCUUCUCUCUCUCUAUGGAGUAGAACCCCUCUCUCACUUGGGGAUGAAGAACUCUAGUUCUAUGUGUUAGGGAUUGAUUGUAAUGACUUGGGAUGAUAUUACUGUUUGAUUUUAAUCGAAUGAUGCAUGUUUAUUGAGUCAAUUGAAGUCUGAUCAACUUUUCCUUAUUCCUGCUGCAAUCUGAGAUAGAUAGAAUCUGAUCCGGGCUGCAAGAGAGGGAAUCGGACUUUUUGAGCAAAAACAGAGCCCUAGAGAGAGAAAGGACGAAGAACACAUCCUAGAAGCCAUCUUGGAGCUGGGUUUCAUCAAAUCAAGCUUGGAGAUCGUCAUAGGAGUGGAAAUCAUCAUCCCAAAGCAGAUUCUUCCCAUAAUUAUGAGUAUGAUUGCUUUGUAUCUUGUUUUCUUCUCUCUCUAUGGAGUAGAACCCCUCUCUCACUUGGGGAUGAAGAAUCCUAGUUCUAUGUGUUAGGGAUUGAUUGUAAUGACUUGGGAUGAUAUUACUGUUUGAUUUUAAUCGAAUGAUGCAUGUUUAUUGAGUCAAUUGAAGUCUGAUCAACUUUUCCUGAUUCCUGCUGCAAUCUGAGAUAGAUAGAAUCUGAUUAGGUUGCUAGAGUCUCAUCAUUCGAUAGUAGGAGAUUGGCUAUACGAGAGUUAGCCAGUUUACUGCUUUGUACUGGAAUCCAAUUCCAGUAGUGGAGUUCUGUUCUUACUGCUUCAGCUUUCUAUCCCGGUGAAGACUAGUCGUCUGCCGGGUAGUUAGACUGAGAGGGCUUGGUCAGCUUAAGAGAUUCCAAGCUACUGUCGGAUCUUCCGCAGUCUAAUUAACAGUAAAUCAACCCAGGGAAAUACAAUUGAAACCUAACUAAGGAGCUAGGGGGACUCAUUCCCGAGUGACUCUUACCUGCUUGAGAAAACCGAAUAAUUUCCUGCUUUCUUUCUGCUUUUGCUUUUAAACAACAAUCACUUAACUUAGUUGGCUAGAUAAUAGAGAAUCACUGAGUAAGCAGUAGACCUAGACCCCUGGUUGAUAAUAUAACUUGCCUGUUACUGCAUUCCCGGUCUGCGAUUACACUUGGUCGCAGAUUGGUGUUGUGUUUUGGCAUGUCAAGUUUUUGGCGCCUUCGUCACUGCAUUCCCGGUCUUUCUCAAAAGUGCACGGUUGGACCCGAUUAGGCAUUUUAACGGCAUCAAAGUCGAUCGCCUACUCAUCACCGCAUUAGCUGAGAGAUGGAAGAAGAAGACUCAUUGUUUCAACUUUAGAGAAGGAGAGACCACUAUCACGCUAAAGGAUGUCGCCAUCCUAACCCAUCUGCUCAUCGAUGGCAAACCGGUGUGCGCGAGUGAACAUCCCCCCGAGGAUCGUGACGGUAUGUCCGGUUGGGUUCAUUUCAUGCACAGGUUUUUGGGAGUGAAAGUACCAGUCAAGGGGAGCAUUGAUGCGACCGAUCGCUUGCCACUAAUGAGUAAACACCAAGUCUCAAUUACUUUGUUGACGAAGUAUUUUAGUGACCAUUACGAGAGCCAUCCCCUAACCGAGGAAAGUCCGGAGGAUGAGAAGGAAAGAUAUGCUCGUGUCUGUCUCAUAGGCAUGAUUGGGGGAGCGUUCUUCUCCAAAAAAUCAAGCAAUUUCCUUAGCUGUGGAUGGCUUAGGAUCAUCCUCGGUAGUUGGGAGGAGAUGGGGGAGUAUAGCUAGGCAUCCGCUUGCCUAGCUAAUAUCUAUCACAAUUUGUGCAAUGCGUCUCUAAAAGCUAUGAGGGAAGUCGGCGACGCAAUGUUCAUCGUCCAAUUUUGGGCUUGGGAGCAUAUGCCAUGGAUUGCACCGGUCCAACGUCCCGACAGGGAUUGGCCAAUCGAUCAUCCCCUAAGAGGUGAAGCUUAUGGUACAAGGUGGCUCGGACACACAACAUGCGACAACCUUGCCCAACACAAGUUGGACGAGUAUCAGAGGAGGUUUGAGCGACUUUGGGAAGGAGAGAUCGUCUUCGAUCCAUACCCGGAGAACAUCGUUCAUUGACAUCUCCAGCAAUUCCCCGGGCAUAUCGGGCAAUGGUGCACGAGGGUCUCUCUCAUUUGUUUUGGGACCGUGGAGUGGCACUUGCCGGAUCGAUGCCUCCGUCAGUUUGGUCGGGAGCAGUGCAUUCCGUUGGAGCUCCCCGAUAGUCAAAGGGCCUUUCACCACCGAGAUGGUCGGCAAGGAUAUUGUCACUCCAACUCAAGUGGGUCGAAUGUGGUAUCAUGACCUAUACUUGGAUCGAUAUCGGCAAACAUCGGUUCACUACAUGACUCCGGAGGGUGCGGCCGAUGGUGCAUUAGCUGAUGGGAUCGAGCGGAUCAAAGAUAUGACCACCGGGAGAGUUGAGCUGGGCAAUGAAGAUGUGAGCUUCAUCAGGAGGAUGGCAAACAGUCUGCUUGGCUGUAUCAAAGCUCAGGGUCGGGAUCAUCGUAUAUAUCCGCCCAUGCCCGCACCUCCGGUACAAGUUGAUGUCCCCGAUCCCCCCACCACCGUACGAGAGAAAGAAGAGCAAGAUGGUUCGGGAAAGGCCCAACGUACCCGACGUAACGCCAUAUCAGGCGUGGAAAGUGCUGGCCCCAUUGGUUGUGACACAUGGUUGCGGCUCGAGUUCCGCCCAAGAUCCCCGCCCGAGUUCCUCCCAAGAUCCCCGUCCGAGUUCAUCCCAAGAGCACCGCCCCUCCAUCCACAAUGUCACCACCCAAGCUCAUACUACGAUCCCCGCUCGACCUACCAUCAAUCCCCUCCGAACUACCAUAAAUUCCCAUACGAUUCCCGACCGGUCUACCCCCCAUCUCCCCGCCAACAGUACUACGACUCUCGCCCGGUCUACCCCCAAGAUCCCCCUACAUCAUCAGGUACUUGGCAUGAUGGUUCCUCCACGACGGCGCCCCACGAAUUCACCCCAUGGACUUGCCCUCAUCAGUCGUGGCCUCCUACUCCUCACCGUAUGAGCGCAGAUGUCCCCACUCGACCCCGGAAGCGUCGCCUCUCCGCCGACACAGCACCGACGAGCGCCACACUACCUCGGCCAUUCGAAACUUGCCACCGCAACCACCUAUUGUUACUCCCGUCGGCCGUCGUACAAGGAGCAAGAAAAUCGUUAGUUCCGGUGAAGCUCGUGGACUUCCUUGAGAUGUAUUUUGAGUUGAAUUUUAAUUAUAUGUACUUGGAACUAUUCCUCUUAUCUUAGUUUAUUUAAUUGAGUGUUGUUUUAAUUUGUUUUUAUUUCUAUGUUAUUGGCUUUGUCCAUUUGUUUUCCGUGUUAACUUGAUAUUAUCCAAAUUCGAUCAAUCAACAAUUCACAAUUACUUGCCAAAGAAGUCAUCGGGAGUUGGAAAAUAAUUGACACACCAACCGCACUGGGGGGGGUGUGGCAAAACCGUACCUUGGGGAUGCGGUUUUGUUUUGGAGAAGCAAACCGCAUCUCCAAGGUGCGGUUUUGAUAGGUCAGGCCAAAACCGCACCUCGGCCAUGCGAUUUAUGUAGGUCAGACCUGAAACCGCAUGCCCAAGAUGCGGUUUUGGCCCAGGAUAAUCAACCACACCUUAGAGGUGCGGUCCAUAAAAAAGAGUGCUAUUUUUGUAAAUAUUUUCGGAUGGGUGUUAUUUUUGUAAAUUUUUUUUUAAAAUGUGCUAUUCUGGAAAAAUUCCUGAAGACUUCAGAUUGAACACUAUCACGAACAUGUACCUUUACCUCAUCCUUUAACUACGCAAUAUAUGACUUCCAGACCUUUCUUUCCUUUCUCCCAGUCAUUGAUUAUUGUUCUUAAACAUUAUUCACUGAAGAUCAAUCUUGCCACAAGAUAUUACCCGCUUAUUUAUGCUUAGUACACUCAACAAUGGUUUUGACCAGAUAUUCUAGUCCUCUUGGUUAUCAGUAUCCCAUCCAACUCCUAACUCAGGUAAAAUCUGCAAGCUAUGGAAUCUUGCAAUUGUAACUUCAAAGACACUCGAGCAAAAGAACUCAUCAGUCAUCUCCUGUCAUGAUUCAAUUGCAUGUCCUUUUCAGUUUGAGGAAUGCUUUGUUCCACAAUCAGAAGAAAGGAAUCUCCUCCAAAAAUGUGUAUUGUUGCAGUAGGUGACCUAUAUAUGUUUCCCCAUGUUUCUUUUCUCCAAAAUAAAAAAAGAGUUGUGAUUUAUAGGUGCAUGUUUUGUGAAGUUGGUGGACGUGAACCUGGCUCCCAAGAUGGGUUGCAAUACAAAUUUUCAACAGCUUGAAAUUAUUGUGUUUGAAGCAAACUUUUGGGAGUGCUACUGCGUUAGUUCUACCAUUGUGGUCCAGAACCUUUCCAGGCUGAGCUUCCAGGAGUUGGGAGAAACUCAGGGGAUUCCAUGGAUGUUUCAAGAACCCUGGAAUUCAGGAAGGGGACUGUACAAAACCCUGUUUUCAGGUUCUCAGGAAGUUUUGACAGGACAUGAUGGGAUCCUGCUAGAAAUAUGCAAGCAAGAGAUGGGUCAGUUUCAGGUUGUGGCAAAUCAUCUUUCCAAAUUUACCUCUUGAUUAGAACCCAGGAAAUGAACUGUUCUUCCUACAGAUAUGCAGCCUAGCAGGCAUCAAACCGUUCUCCAGGUAGAAGCAGUUUAGGAUUGGGCCAAUUCUGUCCAAGUAGGAAAUAUGGAAUGGAAAGCUAACAUUGUAGAGCCGAGGCCUGAACCAAUCCAAGUAGGAAAUAUGUGAUUCACCAAUCCAAUCUGUUCACUUAAAUAUCUAAUUAAUCAAAUUUAUCUUAUCCAAAUCAAAUGGAUGGUGGAUUCAUGGGUUGAUCCAUAGAUUUAAAUGAUAAAUUACGAUUUAGUACUUAUACUUUUUAUAUUUCACAUUUUAAUACCUAAAAUUUAUAUUUUUAGAUGAAAAAUAUAAUUGGAAAAUUAUGUUUUGGUACCUAGAGCUUUUUGUUAUGACAUUUUAGUACCUAAAUUUUUCAAAAUUUACAUAAUACUCAAAGGUUUAGAUGUCAUUUAGAUUCAUGGAUCAAUCUACCAAUCCACUUGAUCCAAUUCAUGAAUCCACCAAUCCAUUUAAUCCAAGGAUACACAAAUCCACCAAUCUAUUCCAUUUUCCACCUCUAGUUAGAAUUAUUAUCUUUUAUGGGAGCCUUAGAUUAUUGGUUAGCACUCAUUCAUUAUAAUAACUAUGAGUUGCAUAUUGAAGGAAAGGAAAGGAAAACAAAGGUACAUUUUGUCU